AUCGACGGGAUGCCGACAUCUAGCCCAGGGGCUUCCGGCAGUGCCCCCAUACCUCCGAUUUCGCACUUUAUAUCCUCAUUAUCCCGCGCUUGCCGUCAACCCUCACCAUCGCCGCCGGCAAGCUCCUUCCCGUUCCCAAAUUCCAAUCCAACCGGGCGCAGCCUUCCCUUGAGCUAUCCUUCACCGCCAUCUCACAAUCUCACCAGUGACCAAUACCUAGGCCUGACGUUUCCGCGAAAAAAAGCUCUCCGCUCCGGCUGGCGGGGCGUCCGAGUCGGGACACAAACAUCAUGAUCCUCG